UCUCACAGCCUGUCCAGUUGGCUCUCCUCUUUCCGACCCGACGACCAUGAACCGCUUCUUAAGAUAUUCAUGGUCCCGAUCGCUCCCCGGUGUCAACCGCCUCCCCUCCUUUGCUCAAAGUUAUCGCCACUUCUCUCGCUUUGAAGGGGAUUCUGAGCCCGACUCAUGGAAAUCAAUGGAGGGUCUUGUCCGUUGCCCCGCCAAUUACGUGCCUCUGUCUCCCAUAAGCUUCUUGGAGAGAGCAGCCAAGGUUUAUAGGGACACAACAUCGGUUGUUUAUGGUUCUUAUAAGUACACCUGGAGUCAAACUCAUGAACGUUGUCUCAAGCUCGCUUCUGCUCUGUCCCAGCUGGGGAUUACCCGUGGCGAUGCGGUUGCGACCCUGGCUCCCAAUAUCCCAGCAAUGUAUGAGCUGCAUUUUGCUGUUCCAAUGGCUGGAGCAGUCCUUUGUACACUUAAUGCACGCCUUGACUCAGCCAUGGUAUCAGUUCUACUGACACAUUCAGAAGCUAAGAUCGUAUUUGUAGACUACAAGUUACUUGACAUUGCUCGUGGAGCACUUGAUCUUCUUGCUAAAACAAACACAAAACCACCUAUCUUGAUCUUGAUUUCUAAAUGGGAUGAUUCAUCUCCAACCAGCUUUGAGCCAGGUACUUAUGAGUAUGAAAGUUUUUUAGAAACUGGGCAUAUUGGAUUUGAGAUUAGAAGACCGAAAAGUGAAUGGGAUCCCAUUUCCGUGAAUUAUACCUCUGGUACAACAUCUAGGCCCAAAGGAGUUGUUUACAGUCACAGGGGAGCCUAUCUCAACUCCCUUGCAACUGUUUUCCUUCAUGGAAUGCACUCAAUGCCUGUUUAUCUAUGGACGGUGCCUAUGUUUCACUGCAAUGGCUGGUGCCUCACAUGGGGUGUUGCAGCGCAGGGUGGCACAAACAUAUGCCUGAGGAGCGUUUCCCCAAAGGAGAUAUUUGAAAAUAUAGUCCUGCACAGCGUGACGCACAUGGGAGGAGCUCCUACAGUCCUCAACAUGAUUGUGAAUUCACCUGUCAGUGAUCAAAAGCCACUUUCCCACAAGGUUGAAAUAAUGACAGGUGGCUCACCGCCACCUCCACAGAUCCUAUUCAAGAUGGAAGAGUUGGGUUUUAGUGUAAAUCACUUGUAUGGCCUCACAGAAACUUACGGUCCAGGUACAUACUGCGCAUGGAAACCUGAAUGGGAUUCCUUGCUUCCUGAUGAGCAAUCAAAGUUGAAAGCCCGGCAAGGAAUGCAACAUCUUGGUUUGGAGGAGGUUGAUAUUAGAGAUCCUGUCACCAUGGAAAGUGUACCAGCUGAUGGUAAAACCAUGGGUGAGAUUAUGUUCAGAGGAAACACUGUGAUGAGUGGAUACCUUAAAGACUUGCAAGCAACAGAGAAGGCAUUUAGUGGUGGAUGGUUUCGGAGUGGGGAUCUUGCUGUGAAGCAUCCAGAUGGUUACAUAGAAGUAAAGGACCGGCUGAAGGAUAUCAUAAUUUCAGGGGGAGAGAAUAUAAGCACGGUGGAGGUUGAAACAGUUUUGUAUGGUCAUCCAGCAGUUCUUGAGGCUGCAGUUGUUGCGCGGCCAGAUAAUCAUUGGGGACAGACCCCUUGUGCAUUUGUGAAGUUAAAAGAGGGGUUUGCUGUCGAUGCUCAAGAACUAAUCAGGUUUUGCCGAGAUCACUUGCCACAUUAUAUGGCUCCCAGAACAGUGAUCUUUGCGGAAUUGCCAAGAACUUCAACUGGAAAGAUACAGAAGUUUAUAUUGAGAGAAAAAGCAAAGGCCCUGGGCAGCCUGUUUUGAGCAAAAUGAUACUGUACUCUUUCCUCCAAAA